AUGCCUUCUGCCAACGGAACAGCCCACACCUGGGACAGCCUCCCACAGGCCAUGUCCAAGUCCGUAUCAUCCCUGCAAAAGAUCCUUGACAACGACAAGCAAUGGCAGGCCUUUAUCGACACUAAUGCCAUCGUCGAGCCCGUUACCAUGGGUGUUGCCUCCAAAGGUGGCGAGGCCAUUCUCGUCAACGUCGACUCUGGCUCUCGCACCAAGGUCUCAACGGGUGAUGCCUCGAAAGCGGACUUCACCCUGUCAGCGCACGGCGAGCAAUGGGAGAAGUUCUUUGACGCCGACCCCAAAGCACCCUAUACGUCGUUUGUUGGCCUCCAGGGCAUGAACAUUAAACAAGAGGGCGUCGGCAUUCAAGGCGAUGCCACACGUUUCGCACAAUACGGCCAUCUGGCCACACGUCUCCUCGAGCUUUUGCGUGAAGGGCUACACGGACCUCUCCGCGAAGAUCCACAAGAAGAAGCUACCGAAGAUCAUAUCACCGGCCGCUACAAAUACGUCGACUGCCCUGUCUGGGGCCGCACCAAGAUCUUCUACGAGACUGCUGGUGAGGGUCCGGUACCGAUCGUCUUCCUUCACACGGCAGGCAGCGACAGCAGACAGUAUCACGGCGUCAUGAACGAUGCCAGAAUGAGACGGAAGUGCACGAUGAUUGCCUUUGAUCUGCCGGCCCAUGGACGCAGCUUCCCCGGCAGUAACUACAUUCCCGGAAACCACACGAACAACGAGGAGGCAUAUGUGGGCACGAUCAGAGAAGUUGUCAAGGCGUUGGGCCUCAAGAAGCCAAUCAUCUGUGGUGCCAGUAUGGCCGGGCAGGUUUGCGUGGCGGUCGCGAUCAGAGCGGAUGAGGUUGGCGCUGGCGGCACCAUCCCACUGCAAGGAUGUGACUAUCUGACCAUGGAGCGCCAAUUCAACGACAAGAGCCCCGUCGUCAACCAGAGCCUGUUCAACCCGGACUGGAUCUACGGCAUGAUGAAUCCCAAAGCCCCCUGGGUGAACCGCAACCUGAUUUGGCACAUGUACUCGGGCCAGGCCUACGGCAUCUUCCACGGCGACCUCGACUUCUACUUUGGCGGCUUCGACGCGCGCGACCGCGUGCACCAGAUCGACACCGCCAAGUGCCCCAUCCAUUUCCUGACGGGCGUCUACGACUGGUCGACCACGCCGGACAUGUCAAAGACCACCGCCGACAAGAUCAAGGGCGCCCAGUUCACCGCCAUGGAGGGCCUCGGCCACUUCCCCGCCACGGAGAACCCGGGCCGCUUCGUCGAGUAUCUGGAAAAGGCGAUUGACGGGAUUCUGGAGAUGAGGCAGGGGUGA